AUGGAAGACAUUGAGCAGUUGUCAAUUGAUGUGACCACCUUCAAGACAGGAGCAGAAAAAAAAGUUCAGGCAGAAGAUAGAGCGAGGAUGUCUUCAGACCUACACCGUGAAAUGUUGGACCUGAGCAUAGGAGAGAAUAUUACAGAUCUGUGCAAAAGGGAAAAGAUGACCAAGAAGACAUGCUCGCCCAGGUUGUCAGCUGAAAUCACUGUGAUAGAGCACAUGGAUACUGCAGAACUCAUGAAAGCAGCCAGACAAGGGAAACUGGAUGUAAUAGAUAAAUAUCUGGAUGAUGGGGGGAACCCUAAUGUGCACGAUGAGCUGAAUAGGACAGCCCUGCACCGUGCGGCUGUAGAGGGACACACUGCAGUUGUCCAAACGCUUUUGGAAAAAGGCGCCGAUAUCAACUUCGAAGAUGAACUGGGCUCCAGGGCCAUACAUUGGGCGUGCAGAGGGGGAAGCCUGGGAGUUGUCAAAGCCCUGAGGAGCCAGGGGGCUGACCUGAAUGUUAGAGAUAAGUUGUACAGCACUCCUCUGCAUGUGGCCACAAGAACAGGCCAUACGACCAUCGUGGAGUACCUUCUGUCCUGCUGUGCUAAAAUCAACUGCAGGGACAGGGAAGGCGACACAGCCCUUCAUGAUGCUGUACAGCUCAACAGAUACAAGAUAGUGAAGCUGCUCAUAGAUGCAGGGGCUGACACAAAAAUAAAAAAUCAUGAGGGAGUGACCGCAGUACAGCAGGUAAAACAAUGGCAGUCUGACAUCAUGGAGACCCUUCAGAGACUGGAGAAGCUGACGGAGGUGGGACCUGAAAACACUUCACGAGAGAGGAAUGAUUAGUGCAAAAGCUGAAAAUACUCAUACAGUAAACAAAUUAUAAAAUCUCUUUCCAUGAUCUUUCUCAGGUUUAAAAAUAGAUUCUGUAAUUCCACUGUAGGUCUGUGUACAUCAUAUUUGAAUACAUACAUUAUAUGUGCCCACCAACCAAAUCUGCCUUUCUAGGGCAUGGCAGUUAAACCUCUGAGAUUAGUCUGAACUCUGACACUAGAAAAUGUCAGCUUGGAUGUGAC